GGAGAGACACAUGACACCGGAGGAAUUUCGCCCGAGUCUCCUGUCCUUUGUGCCAGUGGCUGCCCUGUUACCUCAGGGGUGAGAGAGCGAGAGAGGAGGCCGAGAAAGAGCGGCGAGAGAGGCGGACAGAGAGAUGUCGGAGCCAGCCACCAAUCCAGCUGCCACCACCUUCUCAGCGCCCACAAUUUCGUUACCUUUGGGACUGGAAGUGUUGAGGACUUAUUCUGGGGCGCUUAUCUGCUUAGAAAUAAUAUUUGGCGGCUUGGUAUGGAUCCUGGUAGCUUCCUCCAACGUGCCAGUCCCUCUGCUGCAGGGCUGGGUGAUGUUUGUGUCUGUAACUUGCUUCUUCCUCUCCUCCACCUACCUCCUUUUCCUCAUCACCGGCCUGGCUGACCGCAUAAGUAUUGACUGGAACUUUUCGGAUGUUUUUUACCAUUUUUUAGCUUUGCUUUUCUAUUUUGCCGCCUUUGUGCUGGAGGCGGCAACAACGGCAGCCAAUGGAGGAGCCAUCAUCACACCACUGCCAAACAGUACAGGAACUGUAAUGUGCAUCCACUACCCUCGGGGAAAUGUAUUCACUCUGCUGACUGGCAACCAGUACAAUAUUAACGUGGUGGCCACAAUAUUUGCAUUUGUGGUGACGCUAUGCUACAGCUGCAGUUUGGUGAUGGCCUUCAAGAGGUGGAGGAUUUAACCUGAAACCCGAAUUUUGCACCUGAUCUCCACCAACAGGAGAAACAUUCACAAUACUACAAUAGAAUAGCUUCAUAAAUCAUGCUGCUAUUAUUCAUUGUGAAAUUGGAAUGCCCCUUUUCAAGUAUGAUCAGCUUGUGAAUUUUAUUUUUAUUUUUUUUGUGGACUUUAUUCAUUACCGAAUGACCAAUAUUUGUUCUAAGGUUAUUAACAUCUCACACAUGUUGAGUGGUGUCGUAAAUUGAUGAGACAACAUUGAAAAAUGUUGCUAUUUUAUAUUGCAUGUAUGUUUGUCAUGUCCGUGACACUUAUGCAACUAGUUUUUUAUUCACACAAACACUGACUUCCUUAUUCUACUGGAUUCACAUCCUCUAUGAAGAGAAUGUUUCCCAAUUCCAAAACUUCUAAAUCUCACUGAGUCGUGCUACUUUUGUUUCAUGCACAAAAACAGAAACUUAAUAUGCUUGAACAUUUUCUUGGACAGGCCCUACAAAAAAGGGGUGCAAAGGGAAUGGAAACUCACCUCACAAGUGACAUUAUGUUAUUAAUUUUUUGAAAUAUGUACUGAUAUGGUAUUUGAAUUUCUAUAAGAAAACAUUUUGUUCGAUUACAUCAUUGUAUAGCUUCUGUUCAACAGGUAAGAUUAAACACACAGAUCUCCCAAUAUUGAUAUUUUAAAGAAUUUUAACAAACUACACAGUUGGUUUUAUACAUACAUAUGACAUUGCGUACCUUCUCUAUAAUUUAUAGGAUUAAACACUCAAGUCUACCAAUAUUAAAGAAUUUCAACAUAACCUACGCAGUUAUUUCAAUGGAUAAUAAUAGUUCAUUUACAUUAAGAACAAAUCAUUAUCAUAUUAAAUUGUUGAUUGAUGUACCACUUUACAGUGAUUAGUUAGAUUUAGUGUAGGCUAUCACGGUUUGUAUUACAGUAGUAAAUUAUUACUAAUUUAAAAUAGAUUGUUUGAAUGCUUGUGCCUUUGUUACAUUUUAGGACAUUUUGCGAAGUAAUGAAAAGUGAAACUGCAAUAAAAUCCUACAAAAUG